CUGCCGUAGGAGUCCGCGCUGCUGUCCUCUGGAGCUGUCGCUGCGUGUGACUUCGCGGUAUUUCCUCGGAGCUGGCAGCUGGGCUCCUCCUCGGAGCUCUGCUGGGCUGCUUUGGGAGCCGGCCCUGCGGCGUUGAACGCUACCUGCUCUGUCCCUGCUGUCGUGCUCCUCCCGAUUCCACUUUCAGUGGUUGGAAGUUUUUUUUUUUAAACAAAAUGGACAUUUAUUCCAUGGAUGCAGAAGCCUAAUAAUACGUUUUUUUGUGAUUCCCUCGUCCCAGAGGAGAGCAAAAACAGCCUCUGAGGAAAAAAAACAUGAAAUGACUGGGAUUGCUUAACCCAGAGAAGACAAGGCGGGCAUGUAAUUCAUCUUCAGAUAUAGGACAGGCUGUUGAAAAGAUGAAGAAGAGCUUUUUUAUUAAAUAAAAACCGCAGAAUUGCUGUAUAUUAUUCUUACAGUAUUGCUGUGUGUUGCUGAGGUCUGGACUACAGCUGCAGCAGUGGGGGCUCAGGAUAAACGUAAGGAGUUGCCCUCUGAUGGAUAGUUAAGAAAAUCUUGCAAAUGUUUGUGCCGGUCACAUCAAAGGCUCUUCGUGUUCGUUGUUUUGUCUCCGACGGCAGUGAGGACGGGGUGCUUAUCGAACCGAGUUCCGAGCAGGUCUGUUUAUGAUGGAGAGGAGCACGGCCGUUUCAUGGAAAAAUUGGAAGCACGGAUCAGAAACCAUGAUCGGGAGAUCGAGAAAAUGUGCAACUUCCAUUACCAGGGCUUUGUGGACUCCAUCACGGAGCUGCUGAAAGUUAGGGGAGAAGCUCAAAAACUGAAGAACCAAGUGACGGACACCAACCGAAAGCUGCAGAACGAAGGGAAAGAACUGAUAAUAGCGAUGGAAGAGCUGAAGCAAUGCCGAUUACAACAGAGAAAUAUUUCAGCGACGGUUGAUAAGCUAACGCUGUGUCUUCCUGUCCUGGAGAUGUACAGCAAACUGCGAGAGCAAAUGAAAUCUAAAAGACACUACCCUGCGCUGAAGACCCUGGAGCACCUUGAGCACACCUACCUGCCUCAGGUGAGCCACUACCGCUUCUGCAAGAUCAUGGUGGAUAAUAUCCCAAAGCUGCGCGAGGAGAUAAAGGAAGUUUCCAUGUCAGACCUCAAGGAUUUCCUGGAGAGUAUCCGUAAGCACUCCGACAAGAUUGGGGAGACAGCAAUGAAACAGGAUUGCAGAUACAAUCAGUGGAAAAUAAUUGCCAAGAUAUUCUUCAGUCUUCUGCUCUCUCCAAAUAUUAAGGCACAGCAGCAAAGAAACCUGGACAAUAUUGUAUCACAGCAUCCCAGGAUUAGCGGGGGAAAAAAGUCCAAGAAAGAAGUCUGCGCAAGCUCAGAUUUGGAGGUAAAGACCACUAGCCCCAUGUCUGAGCAGGAUUCGGGUAUCCUGGAUGUUGAAGAUGAGGAUGAGGAUGAAGAGGUGCCUGGGGCCCAGGAUCUGGUGGACUUCUCGCCUGUGUACCGAUGCCUGCACAUCUACUCCGUCCUGGGUGCCCGAGAAACCUUUGAGAACUACUACAGGAAGCAGAGAAGAAAACAAGCCAGAUUGGUACUGCAGCCUCCUUCCAACAUGCAUGAAACUUUAGAUGGCUACAGGAAGUAUUUUAAUCAAAUUGUAGGGUUUUUUGUAGUUGAAGAUCACAUCUUGCACACGACGCAGGGCUUGGUAAAUAGAGCCUAUAUUGAUGAGCUGUGGGAGAUGGCGUUAUCAAAAACCAUUGCAGCGCUAAGGACGCAUUCAUCCUAUUGCUCGGACCCAAGCCUGGUGUUAGACUUGAAGAACCUCAUCGUCCUCUUUGCAGACACACUCCAGGGAUACGGCUUCCCAGUGAACCAGCUCUUUGACAUGCUGCUGGAGAUCCAAGACCAGUAUAGUGAAACCCUGCUGAAGAAAUGGUCAGGAGUUUUCAGAAAUAUACUUGAUUCAGAUAACUACAGUCCCAUCCCAGUGACAAAUGAAGAGAUUUAUAAGAAAAUAGUUGGACAGUUCCCAUUCCAGGAUGCAGAACUUGAAAAGCAACCGUUUCCAAAGAAGUUCCCCUUUUCUGAGUUUGUGCCUAAAGUUUACAAUCAGAUUAAGGAAUUCAUCUACGCCUGUCUGAAGUUUUCAGAAGACCUUCAUCUGAGCUCCACGGAAGUUGAUGAUAUGAUUAGAAAAUCGACAAAUCUGCUGCUGACCCGAACGCUGAGCAACUGUUUACAGAACGUCAUCAAGAGGAAAAACGUAGGGCUGACAGAGCUUGUACAGAUCAUUAUAAACACGACCCAUUUGGAAAAAUCGUGCAAGUUCCUCGAGGAAUUCAUAACCAAUAUCACCAACGUACUUCCAGAGACUGUCCACACUACAAAACUUUAUGGGACCACGACUUUCAAGGACGCCCGCCACGCUGCUGAGGAAGAGAUUUACACCAACCUGAACCAGAAGAUAGACCAGUUCUUGCAGCUGGCGGAUUACGACUGGAUGGCCAUGGAGCCGGGCAGCAAGGCCAGUGACUACCUGGUAGACCUCAUUGGCUUUCUGCGCAGCACGUUUGCCGUGUUCACGCACCUCCCGGGGAAGGUGGCGCAGACCGCCUGCAUGUCGGCGUGCAAGCACUUGUCCACCUCGCUGAUGCAGCUGCUGCUGGAAGCCGAAGUGCGGCAGCUGACGCUGGGCGCCUUGCAGCAGUUCAACCUGGACGUGGAGGAAUGCGAACAGUUUGCCAGAUCCGGCCCAGUGCCUGGGUUCCAAGGGGACACGCUGCAGUUGGCCUUCAUCGACUUGAGACAACUCCUGGAUCUGUUCAUCCAGUGGGACUGGUCGACGUACCUGGCUGACUACGGGCAACCCACGUGCAAGUACCUCCGGGUGAACCCCACCACAGCCCUCGUCCUGCUGGAAAAGAUGCGAGACACGAGCAGGAAGAACAACGUUUUCGCCCAGUUUCGGAAGAACGAGCGGGACAAGCAGAAGCUGAUAGACACCGUGGCCAAGCAGCUCCGCAGCCUCAUCAACAGCCAUCACUCCUGAGGGCCGCGGCCGCCCGCCACCGCACUCCGGGACCCGCGCCGCGCCGGUCCCUGCACUGCAGCCUUCCACACGCCCGGACUUGGGAUCCUUGUUCAAAGAGAAUAUAUAUGUAUUUUUUUAUUCGCCUGUAUAGAAUCCAUGAAACCUACCCUUCUGACCAAACGUUCCUCGUUAAGCAAUCCCGGGGAAGAGAGGCAGCGCUGCCUGUGCUGGUGCAGCGAGGGUGCUGGCAGGAGUCUCCGUUACAAACUCCUAUUUUCAGGGGCUUGUAAAGGGACGGUAAAGCCUGAAAGAGAAGUUCACACCCAGACUAUGUUUUUUUUUUUUUUUUUUUGUAAGCCAAAUUCGAAGAAUUGGUUUGACUUCCUUUUGUUAAGUUAUUCAGUUGCAGAACAAGCGAAAACAAAAAAUAUAGGGAGGAGUCGUGGUUUCAGGUUCUUCUCGUGGGCUCCGGUGAAAAGGAGCACGCGUUCAGAAAGAGGGUCACUCGCUCGCUUGCCUUGCCAACGUGCGGAUUGGGUUUAUGAAGGAAGAGAGGCAAAGUGAUCCCCCAGCCUCUCGCCUCCUCCUCCUGUAGGGGCUGAUGCCCACCCCGGUUUCAGGUGGCUUGCAGGGAGCCGUAGCCCAUUCCUGUGGGGCUGUAAGGGAGCAGAUGCACCCUGAGCUCUGCCUCUAGGAGCUGCCGGUGUCUUUUGGACCCUGCACUGAAUGUAAAAGGGCUUGAAGUUGGAUAGAUGGGAAGAGGGGGAGCCAGCGGGGUGCCCUGCGGGGCCGGUCUGGCGCCAGGGUGCUGCUGCUGUGUCCAGCACGGUGCCAGGAGGGAAACCCGCUCAGGUUGUGGGCAGACCGGGCUCCCUGGUGUGUGGGGUGAUCUUAGAGCUUAGCUCUUCCUCUCCCUGCAUCUCUUCUCCAUGCUGGUUCCUCAUCUCCCCUCUCCUGCUGCUCUGGUGCCAUGUCCCUCCACUUCCCACGCGCGCUCCGGCUCGGAGCAGCCUUGCAAGCUCCCCAGGGUGACAAACGGGAGCCUCCUGGAUGUCCCCAAAGGCUGGCAGUGGGAGGUGACCCCAGAGCAGCAUCACGCACCCCCAGCCCGGCUCUGAAGUGCCUGCGGGCAAAACUCUCCUCUUUGCUCUGGAGGUGCCCGUACAUCAGGGCAGCCUUGGAGGACCCCAGUGCUGCUAUCAGCAGGGCGCCAAGCCCGGGGUUCGGGUUACAGAGAGGGGACUUUUGCCCUUAUCUUUUCUUUACCCUUUUGACUCCAGUUACUGCAGGUGAAAGCUCAUCCAGCCGCUUCCCCCUGCCACCAACCCGCGAUGCCGCAGGGAAUUAAACGGCGCUGGGCACGAGACGUCCCCGGCGGGGCUGCUCCAGCAGGGGCGCAGGCAGUGCAGGCUUUGUAACGUUUGUAUGCGUUGGGUCUGCAGCUCUCCAACCUCUCCUGGAAGCUGGGGAAGGGUUUCGUAGCCCUCAGCAAGGUGUGCAGAGCUGCCAGGUCGGGGUUUGCAGGACGGCAGCUGCGCUUUCUCGAGGCGUUUGGUCUCUCCGCUUUCUGACCACGAGCACGGUUCGCUUUGUGUUUCUUGCCUGGGGAGCUCCCCUGCCACUCCAGCUCUGGAUGCACGAAGGGCGUGGGGCUUUAUCUUCCCUCCUUGGUCCUCAGCAAUACUUCUUUUGUUUUCUUUUCGAUAAGGGUACGUGUUACUUAAACAUGAGAGUGAACAGGCACGUUGCAAGCAAUGAGCUCCUGGGCCUGUUGUCCCAUCACGGCAAUCUCCACCCACCAGGACCAGUGGAUUAUUUUCAUUAACAUGAGGGAAGAGCAAAUGCUGGAACCUAACUUCACGACUCCUUUCUUUCUUGGGGGGAUCAGAGGGUAUUUUUGUCUUAACACCUCUUUGAAGUACGUGCGAGAAGGCUGGAAGUAAAGGGAGCAGCUCAGUGAGAACUGUCGGUAGCGUGGCCAGAGAGGGAUCAUCUCUGCAGACACCUCUGCGUACAGCCCAGCUAAGGCUUUCUCUCCGGGCAGGGACAAGUGAAGAUGAACCCCGCUGGCGACCCCUUUCCCGCUCCCCAAAAUGCUGGGCUCAAGCGUGACCCAGCCUUGGGGCUUCACCCCGUGUGGGAGCCCCAGGUGGCCUCAAGCUCUGCCUUGGCAUCCCAAAUCCUUCACAGCUGAGAAAGAGAAAAUGGAGAGCUCCCUGCCCUCCAGCUGAGCCACGUCCCACAAGCCGCAGGACCUCGGGGCUCUUUGUCCCUCCUCCCCGUCACCUGGUGGUGCCGAUGUGAUGAGAGGCGCAGGGACAGGAGUGCGAGAUGGUGGCAGAAGCAGGUGGGGGCGGCUGGUUCCAGCAUCAGCCCUGCCUCGGCCGGGCCACAGAGCUCUCCAGAGGCCAGAGCUAGCAAGGAAAACCCAGACACCAGGCGGUGGCAGGAGCAGGCUUCCAUCCACGGGGCACUUGCGUGAAGGGCCCUUCUGUGGUAACAAGCACUUUAAAAUUCUUCGCAAUCAAGCUGCUACAGAUGCUGGCAACAGCGUAACCGAGCAUCAGCGAGCAUGACAAAUAAGGCACUCUGGCAUUUCCAGUUUUUAUUAGGGGGAGGAUAGGCUGUCAAACACAAUUUUUAAUCGCAUUUGUCAGCCGCCGACUUCGCCGCCGGGAGAGGCGGUGCCUUUGCAGCGCUGAUGGUUUUUCUUCCCCGCGUGUCCGCUGCGGGACGCGGCGAGGAGCAGGGCUGGCAGCACUGGGAAAAGGUCCUGCUGCUGGCUCUAAAAUCCAUUUUUUUUUUCCCCGAGGAGUGGCUCCGGCAUCACGUUGUGCAAGGCAGCUCUGGUGCCUGCACGCAAAGCUCGGAGCCGCCGGGGCUCGGAGCAAGACCUCGCUUUGGGGCCAGGACUCGCUGCUGGGAAAGCCCGGCCCGGCCACGGAGAGAUGCAGGGAGUUUCUGAUUUCGGGAGGUCAAGCACCUAACCACAAGUCACAUAACGGAGAUGAAAAAUGGAAUUUCGGGGCUCUGGUCCUAAUUAACUUUUUGUUCUGAGAGAUGCAGUUCCAUCCCUUCAAAAUAAAAUUAAUCUUUUAAACAGAUUGCUGAAAAAGCCCUGGAAGACGUUUAAAAUCCCCUCUAAAUCUCUUACUAAUGACUGGUAUCCUCCGAUACGGAUGGUAUUGCUUACGAGGGAAGGGUUGUUGCUAGAAAUUUAUAACUAGGGAGGCAGGGGCAGACCCCGCUGCUGCAACUGUGGAUUUGCAACCCCCGGAGCCAACAAUGCUGCUAUUAACACCCCCGUGUACAUACCUUGCUCGUCCCUUAGGUUUUUUUAAAGCAGUGGCUGUAGAAAAGACUGGGUUAGCCUCCCUCUCCACCCCAGCCUGGCAAACGUAUUUCAGCACCAGUGGGAAAAAAAGAAAAUCGUUUUUAAAAAAAAAUAAUUAAAAAAAAUAUAAAAAGCUUGCCUUGCUGAGAAGCAUGCCCACGUCUCACCUUCCUUGCAAGCUGCAGGGGCUGUGCAUGCAGCCUCUGUGUUGCGGGAAGUUUUUUGUUUUUUUUUUUUUUUUGCCUUCUCCAAGGCACGAAGCUGCAGGCAAACCGGAGCGCUGCGUUAAGGGGACGGCCUUGGGGCGGGCGAGGGAGAAAGGGACAUUUUCUGUUUGUUUUCCUAGGGCUGGGGUUCAAGUCCGAAGCUCUUCGCAGUUUUUGCACUUUGUUCUAAAUCCGGCCGCGAGCCCGGGCUCCGUGGGGAGCAGCUGCCCCGGGGGGGCUGCGGCAUUUUGGGGCGCUUGGAGGUGUCUGCUUCGUGCCGCUGGGGACCCCUCCGUUGGCAUCAGCUCUUUCAUCUCAUCCCCCCCCGAGCAGAGGAAUCCUUGUCCCCGGUUGUUUCCUACCUCUCUCGCACCUCAAUGUGGCUUUCCUUUUAGGUCUGGUUUGGUGCUUUUCAGAGCAUCGCGUGGUUUGCAGCAUCCAGCGCCCACCCUGCCGCAUGCUCAGCCCAUCCCCGGGCUGCCAGGGUGUCUCAGGGUGUCUGUGCCCCAUUUCCUACAGCCCCGGGGGGGGGGGCAGAAGCCCUGUACACCCCCUGACAGCAUCCGGGUGCAACUUCUCCAUGGGGAGGCUGAAGGGCACGCGACCUGAAAAUAAAUCUCAGCACAAACGAGUUCAGGAUGGACCCGUCUGUGCGGCGAGCUGGGCAAGCUGUGCAUUCGAGGGAAGAGAUUUUGGGCAGGAUUUGCCCCAAAAACACCAGAUAAGGGGGGCUCAGGAUGAGUCCUGGGAGCAGGUCGGUUCCCAUCACCUCCGAAGAUGCUGCUGCUGCUCUUUGCCUUGCAAUUCCUCUCUUGCCCCCGUGGCCGCUCCUCCGGGUCGGGGGGCAGCACCUCAAUUUCUGUAGGGUCGUGCGUCUGCCUCCCUUGGGAAUCCCAUUGGCACCGAGGUUCCUGGCAUGGCUCACCCAUCGAGCAUUUCUGGAGGAGCCCCCUCCUCCAUCCCAGCCCUCGGUGCCCACUGGCUGCUGGCGUUGCCUUUUCUCAUCUCGGAGGGGGGGAGAGCGUGAGUUUGUAAACUAACGAUGUGGUGAAAACAGCUUUUUUUGCACAAGUCGUUGCACAAUAAGGGGAAAAAUUAGUAAAUUAGGUUUAACUUUAAAGGGAACUUUUUUUUUUUUUUUCGUUUUUCCUUAAAACUCACUAGCAGAGCUACUGAUGAAAAAACAACAACAAGAAAAAGACGGACUGAUUAAAAAAAAAAACGGACUGCAUGGUUUACAGGUUAAAUUGCGUUAGAAAUUAGCAUGUUGAUUCCGACUGUACAUUUAUCCUAUUGUAACUGCCAUUAAACAAUACAGCAUUUAACUGUUUACCUAAGUGCCUGUGCUCGCUGUGGCUCUGUGCGCCACUCAAAGCGCUGCCUUUGCCUUGCCUGGCUCCAUCCAGAAAAAAAAAAAAAAACAAA